GAGUCGGCUCUUUGCUAAAUCUACUCUCUCGACAACGCUCGGACUCGGACUUAUCCACAGUAUGACACAUGCGCUCACGGGUCGAGGCGUCGAGGAAUGGUCCAUCGUCUCCGGGCCGCGAGACAGCAACACAAUUCGAUAUAAAAUACGCCUUCCACAGACUGAGCAAAACAUCAUCCUCUGCUCGGCCGUCUGUUCUUCCUCCUCGAUAUGUCUUCUAUCACCGCUUUCCUGCAGCUGUCCGCCCUCAUCAGCGUGGCGCUUGCGCUUCCCGGCAACUUGGCCGUCGUGGAGAACGACAAACGCGCCUCCUGCACGGUCAACAGCGUGGCUAGCUCGACGAACCUGAGCGGGUGCUCCAACGUCGUCAUCCAGGGAUUCACUGUGCCUGCUGGAAACACCAUCACGAUCACCGCGGCGAAGGGCGCGACAGUUACCAUGGCUGGCGAUGUAGUCUUUGCGAAGACGACAACUCCUGGUCCUCUCUUCACCUUCAACACUCCCGCGAUCAACUUCGUCGGAGGCAACCACAAGAUCGAUGGCAACGGCGCCUCUUACUGGGAUGGCAAGGGAAGCAACGGCGGCUCCUUCAAACCCCACCCCUUCAUCAAGGUCAAAGGCUACGGAACCUUCAAGCAGUUCACCGUCCUCAACUCGCCGGCUCAGGCCAUCUCUGUCGGGACCACCGGCGGGGCCUCGACCAUCUCUGAGGUGACCGUCGACAACUCGCUCGGUGAUUCCAAGGGCGGACACAACACCGACGGGUUUGACGUGAGCGCCGACGACGUCACGAUCUCGUCCUGCACGGUCAAGAACCAAGACGACUGUCUCGCAUUGAACGAGGGAAACAACAUCGUCUUCGAGGAUAACACCUGCGCCAACGGUCACGGCAUCUCCAUCGGGUCUAUGGCUUCCGGCAAGAGCGUCACCAACUUCAAAGCCCUGCGGAACACCGUCACCAACAGCUUGUACGGGAUUCGCAUUAAGGUGCAAGCUGCCGCCACUGGUGCUAAGGUCGCGAAUGUCGUCUACGAUGGCAACAAGCUCUCGGGCAUCAGCUCUUACGGUGUGUUGAUCACCCAGAGCUACCCUGCCAACGACGGCAAGCCUGGAUCCGGCGGACCGAUCUCAGGUGUCAGCUUCUCCGGCUCCCCGACCACGGUCUCUGGCACCAGCAGUGCAUACGGCCUGGUCGUUGACUGCGGCGCCUGCAGUGGCACAUGGGACUUCUCCGGCCUCGACAUCACCGCUGCCGGCAAGGGCCACUCUCUCGUGCUCGACAAGGCCACGCUCUCUGGCGGCCACUACUGAUCGCACUGUUCCCGUUUUGUCUUCGGCAGGAGGACAAGAAUGUUUGAGUUUUCUUUGAGUUUUCUGGAGUUCUGCUAUCAUCGGCCAUGUACAUCUAUAAUCCUUCUGUUGUCCAUUUCAAAUAUGCAAUCUAGAUAUGUUCCGGUCUUU